GUCAUUACAAAUCCAGAAGUUCCAAGCAUAGAGAACAUCUGUGUUAGAGGGAAGACAAAGACCCGAGCAGCUCGGAAGAUAAGCCAAGGAAAAGCAAGUGGAAAGAGAGAGAAACAGUGUCGGCAGACAUAUUCAUCGAACGAUUGUCAGAAGUGAAAUCAUCCUGCCUGCUCAAGGGAGUGAGGGGCACAGGGUGAGAGGGGGGCGGAUGCACACUCUCUACUCUCUUGCCCUGCGUUUUUGUUGCCCCUUCCGCCAACUUCGUCGCUCCUCUCCACCACCACAACCGCUCAUUCCACCGUCUGUGCCUGCUUCAGGCGCAAGUACCCCGUGGUGUGUCUGUGGCAUGGAGAAAGAGAGGGAGGACGAAGAAACAGAGGGGAGGGAGAGACCGGAGCCGCUGACGGAUGUGGAACGGGGCAUCAUUCAGGACACCUGGGCGCGUGUUUACGAGAGCUGUGAGGAUGUGGGCGUCACUAUUCUGAUCAGAUUUUUUGUGAACUUCCCCUCAGCAAAGCAGUACUUCAGUCAGUUCCAGGACAUGGAAGAUCCAGAAGAGAUGGAGAAGAGCUCUCAGCUAAGAAAACAUGCCCGUCGUGUCAUGAAUGCAAUCAACACAGUUGUGGAGAAUCUUCAUGACCCAGAGAAGGUUUCUUCUGUUCUGGGACUAGUGGGAAAAGCACAUGCACUCAAAUACAAAGUGGAGCCAAUGUACUUCAAAAUCUUAAGUGGGGUUAUUCUGGAGAUACUUGCAGAGGAUUUUGGAGAGUGCUUUACAGCAGAAGUUCAGAAAUCCUGGACCAAACUGAUGGCAGCAUUGUACUGGUAUAUCACAGGGGCCUAUACUGAGGUGGGGUGGCUCAAACUCUCCAGCUCAGCAGUGUGAAAUUAGGCAUUCCUUCUCACUGCACAUGAACACUGGUUGUAACCCAUCAGCUUGGCUAGCCAAAGGACUGACCGAAGAGGAAGAAGAUAAAUAAAAUAGAAUUAGAAAAUUGUUUUCCAUCAUAUGCAUCAUUCUCUUUCACCUUGUUUUAUAUAUAUUUAGUAUACAGCUGUGGUAAAAAGUUCACAGACAAGUUGCAGAAUCUGAAAAAUGUUACAUAUUUUGCCAAAAUAAGAGGUAUUACACAACAUAGCUUUUCACACUUGAAAUUGUUAACCCCGGAUAAAUGUAGUCCUGGGUUAUCUGUAAUCAUGUUUCGCAGUGCUCAUAUUAAACCUGUGGUUAAAUGUUAAUCCUGGGUUUUCAUUAAUAAACAUUUCAGUGUGAAACGUGCCUUGACCUGGGGUUAAAAGCGGUGUUUAAAACGAUGAUAACCCAGGGUUAAGUGCAGUAUGAAAUGCCCUAACAUGAAUGUUAUCUUUUAUUUAGUACUGACCUAUAUAUGAUAUUUCACAUUAAAUAGACUUACAUAUAGUCCACAAGAGAAAAUAAUAGUUGUAUUUUUUAAAAAUAAUCCCAUUUGAAAGUUUACAUACACUUGAUUUUUAUACUUUUUUGUUACCUGAAUAAUGCACAGCUGCACAGCAUGAGACCCUUGUUUGUCUUAAACAGUUAAACUGCUCGCUGUUCUUCAGAAAAAUCCUUCAGGUUCAACAAAAUUCUUUUUUUUUUCUGUAUUUGAACCAUUUUCAACUAUGACUGUAUGAUUUAGAGAUCCAUCAUUUCAUAGUGAUGUCAACUGUGACUUAUAUGCAACUAUUACAGGUUCAAAUGCUCACUGAUGCUCCAGAAGGAAAAAUUAUGCAAAAUGUAAACUUUUGAACAGAAGACGUGUACAUUUGUGACCCAUGCUGGCAAAAUGACUUGGAAUGAACACAUUUUCAAAAAUUAGUUAACUGUAUUUUUCAUAUUUCCAUUCAAACAUAUUUAAAAUGAUAUAUGACUUGUUGGAAUCAGACAAAAUGACUGAGCUACAGAUGUUUAAAAGCUAUUGUAAUGUAAUGUUUUCCCAAAAAGAUGACAAAUGCUUUCUGUACAAAAAUUGGUUAGAAUGAACACAGCGAAGAAACAAACAGGGCAUUUAAAAACAGGGACACAAUUUUAGAGAACUGACACAGGUAGGGAGUAAUUAUUCAAUCAAACUAAACUAGAACAGGAAGAACCAAAUAAGGACACAUGAGGGAAGAAAACACAACAGAACAGUCCAAGAACAUCACAGCUAACAUCAGAAAAGUGGAUUUUGAAAAAAAAAACAAGUUUCCAAAACAAAACAAUUAAGCAACGUUGCAUAUUUUUGCUCUCUUAUGCAGGCGCUUUCCAAAGUAUCAGCCAGCAUGAUUGUUUUGUUUACAUCAGCAUGGGUUUGAAAAUCAUAUUUCACUGGUUUGAACAUAUGCAAUCGAGAAUUUACUAUAAAUGUUCACAAAGCUGGAAUGCUGCGCUUUGCAACAACAGACUUACAAUGUGUGGUGAGAAGCAGCAGUAGUCAUCCAGAAAUAUUCAAACAUUUUAGAUGUUUAUUUACUAUUUGGAACAUUUGGAUGACUUGAAGAGGGUUUAUUAAAAUAUUUGUUCACGUCUUUUGCCUGUACAUUUGGUAUCUCAAAAGAAGACUGUGCACAUUCAGACUCAUUUUGCCAACACAGGUAAAAUGUAUCUUAUUUUGUCUGCAAUGUAUUUAGACUUUUCUUCAUUUAGUACUGCCCUUCAGAAGCUAUAGAAAAUUUAUAAAAAUUUUGAGCCCUCUUAUUUUAGUAAAAGGAUUAUCAUUUAGCAGAUUCUGCAUGAUGUAUGCAAACUUUUGACCUCAACGUAUGUAACUCCAUCCUCUAAGAUAUUGUCUGUGGUGUGUAGUGUAAUGUGUUUGUGUGUCUUUAUAUCUUUAUAUCUUUAUAUAUCUUAAACCUAAAUUAUAAAUCAUACUAAGGACCAAUGAAAAUUAAUAUUGUAAACCUGCUGUUCAUUUGUCAACUUUAUCUAGGCAAUAGUGUUCCAAAAUAAAAAAAAAACACACAAAAGUCUUGAUUGUUCAGUAAACAUAUGUAUUAUAUAUAUAAUUAUUGUUGCUUUUCAUAAAUUUCAUGUAAAUGAAUAAAAUUACAUAUUUAACAAGUGACCCAUUAUUCUCAGAUUUGCAGUUUAAUGCUGUAUAUAUAAGGUACCAGAGAGCACAAGCAAUGAAGUAAUAUAUAAUUUAUUAAUAACAAAAACACACAUUUCAGUAUGAUCAGGAAUUUGUUGCUGAUCAAAUAGAAAAAAGAAGAUAAAAUAAGUAAUGGAUUUUAAAAGGAAAAAAGGUAACACUUUCAGUUUAUAUUAUGAGGGUAUUCCUAAGGCAUUAUAAUGAGUGCAUAAAUAUUGUAUGUUGUAUCAUCUCAUUAAUAUUCAUACUGAUGAUGUCAACUAGCCUCACUAGAGUAUCAGAGUAUUAGUAGUGUGUUCAGAAUAUAUACUAGCGGACAUGCUGAGCGUAGGAUACUUUGGAAGCAUGUCAACAUUCUACCUACCCUUCCUAAAUCUGCUAACACUCUUUUUAAAAUAAAAAUGUCAUUUUUUCAGUUGAAAGUAUCAGCUAGCUCACAUUAGCCUCAAUGUUACCCUCAGCACCUAACAAGUAACAAGAUGUUGUAAGGUGCAGAUCUUGAAUAAACAAUGCCAAAAUAUAGUCCAUUAUAAGCAUUACAAAGUAUAUUUAAUAUGGUAUUCAUUGUGUAUUAUAAAUAAUCAUACUCUUAAAAAGUUAGAAUCACAAAUAUGGAAAAUAGCCCAUUAUCAUUAUUUAUAACAUCUCGUGAAUAAUAUGAUUAUAAAUGUUUUUAGAAUGCAUUAAGCAUUCAUUAUAAUUCCUUAAAAAUACCCUUAUAAUGCAUUAUAAAUACGUGCUUAAUAGAAAGUGUUACCAAAAAAUCUAGUGAGCUCUCAGACGCUCAGAAACACACCAUUCCAAAUAGUGGUGCUAUAACACACACAUAUAAAAACAUGACUGAUUAUGGCCUACUAUAAGUCUUUUAACUACACAAUAUGUUUUAUUAUACGGUGUGUUGUUGUGGUUAUUUGAGAUUGUUUUAUUUAUUUAUUUAUUUUUUGUUAGUUGGUCCAAGCAUCUAUUCUUCUACGUACACAUUAUUCCAUGCAUAUCUCACUCCAUCUCCAGCUUGUUUACAAAAUGGGCUCCUUCUCUUUACCAGCUUUUACAUCACUUUUCUCUUCUUUUCCUUCGUUCCUUGUCUUUUUCAUUUUUUUAUUAUCUAGCUAAUUCCACCUUCUGGCAGUGAACCUGUCUCUGUUCAAUAGCCUGUGCCAGGUUUCCCUUAAAUCACACACAUCCACAAAUGCACACAAACAAUGGUCCAGUGGUAUUUUACUGACAAAUGCUUUAAGAUUUACUAGGACUGCUCCCAAAAUGCUAAAGCAACAACUUACACACAUGAACAUAGAUACUCUGUGGUAAUCUUUUAUUUUUCUAACUAUUAAAGUUCUGUAUCUGAGUUUAUUAUGGUGUCUCAAUGUCAAAAAAAUGUAUUUUUUAUUCUUUUGGUUCAUGAUACUAAUCUCUGAAGAGUCAUAAUGAAUAUAAAAUAAAGUGAAGAUAUAAAUAUGAA